AUGAUCUUCGCGCAGGUCGCGGACGCGGUCAGAUGGUGCCACGUGAACAGAAUUGCGCAUCGCGACAUCAAACCCGAGAACGUUCUCAUCACCACCGUCGCCGCAACCGGCGCCCCAGACUCGCCCGACACGCUCGAAGCGCGCCUCGCGGAUUUCGGCCUCGCGAUGGAGAUCCCGACGGGCUUCUCUCUGCGCGGCGCCGUUGGCAGCGCGCCGUACGAGGCGCCGGAAGUUCUGGCGGGAGAUCUUUACAGCUUCGGCGCAGACGUCUGGUCGCUCGGUGUGCUUCUCUACGCAACCAUCUCCGCUAAAUGGCCCUCUUUUCCCGGAAACGUGCGCAAGUUUCUGCCGGAGGUCGAUUUCUCCGUCGCGCCCUGGCCGUCCGUGUCGGUUGAGGCGAAGGAUCUCAUCCGUCGGAUGCUGACCUUGGACACGAGCCAACGGCUGGAUAUCGACGGCGUUCUGGCGCACCCGUGGCUCCGGAUCGCAUCAGCUCCGAUCCCCGACAUCGGGUUCUCCAUCAGACGAGACGCGCCGCGACUCGUCCCGCAGCAGCGGCGGCGGCGGCAGCGGAAGCCGUACCAACAGCAGGAACAGCAGCAGCAGCAGCAGCAGCAGCAGCAGCAGCAGCAGCAGCAGCAGCAGCAGCAGCGUCAGGCCGGUGAGGUUGAAGCGGGAGGUUCCGCUCGGCAACAAAAAGCAAUCUCACACCCCUUCCGCGGCCGUCUCCCGUCUCUCUCCCAAAGCUCCGUCGCCCAGGCGGCAAUUCCGCCACUCCGCCUCUUCUCAGUCGCUCUGCUCCGAGGGACUGCCUCUCCAGCCUCCCAAGCUGCCUCCAUUCCACCGCGCAUCUCCCUCCGCGUCGCCAUCGCCCCGCUCUUGCCCGCCGCAAGGCAUCCCGCUUCAGCCCUCCACCCCCAAGGCGUUUCCUUCGUUCCCUCAGGCAUCACCCACAGCAGCCGCCGCCUCGCCAUCGCCCCGCUCUUGCCCCCUGCAGGGGAUUCCCCUUCAGCCGUCCACCCCCCGGACCCCCAAAGCUUCUCCCUCUCCUCGCGGCAAGACACGCACGGGAGCUACUACCGCCCUCCCGAAGGGUCCCUCGGCUCAAGGGACGGCGGCAGAGGUCUCGUCUGUUAA